UCGUGAACCGCUCUACGUAAACACGACACGAGUAUUCGAUUUGAAACAAAGGAUCCGUUUGUAGACGUUAAUACGCAAACGUUUCAGCUUAGAAUUUGGAAAUAAACAAAACUCCCGAAAUUGAGCUAGAUGAUCAAUAUAAACAACUUUCCGUUACUUCCUUCAAGAGAAGUACACACAACAACUUGGGUGGUUGUCCCACAAAUUAUUAUGUAAAUAAAGAAACUGCAACAAAUUUGCUCUGACAUGAAAGUUUUUGCAUGAUUUGCCUUGUUGAACAGUUGGUGAGCUCCUGCAAGGUCCCAACUUGAACACUGUUUGCAGUACUAAUAAACAGUUGAGUUGAGCGAUAUGCUAAAGAACUAACGCCUGAAAUUUCGCUUCGCUCAGUGAGUUGUGUGCUUGUUCGUGAAAUCGUCCCCGGAUAAUCGGCUUAAUCAUAUCAAUCAAACACUAUUUCCCUGCAGAUGAUGUAAACUUCAUAAUGAAACAGUUUCUGCAGCGAAAGUUGUAUUACGCUUGUGAACUGUCACCAUUUCAUCACAACAUGACCGAAAACAGCCGCUUGUCCGUCGAAGAAAUAGACCAAACAGCAGUUUUGGUAGCACAACUCGCACAUUUGUACAUGACCGCCGACAAUGCGGACGUCACCUUUAUCGUGCAGGGUGAACAUCUUCCAGCGCAUCGGAAUAUCCUGUCGGCAAGGAGUGAAUACUUUCGGGCUUUGUUGUAUGGUGGAUUGAAGGAGUCAAAGCAGAAUGAGAUUUCAAUGGAUGUUCCGGUAGAAGCAUUCAAGUAUCUGAUGACGUAUAUCUACACAGGCUGUUUGUCACCGAAACAAGUGAACCAUGAUGACUUAUUAGACAUACUCAAAUUAGCCCAUCAAUACCAAUUUAUCGACUUGCAGAAGGCUAUUUCAGAUUACCUGUGCAAAGUUAUUUGCUUGGACAAUGUUUGCGCUGCAUUAGACACGGCCUGUUUGUUGAAUCUACCCGAUUUAGCUUCUGCAUGCUACACCUUUAUGGAGGUGAAUUCAGAUAGCAUCAUAAAGCAGCAAAUGAUCCGUACAAUCUCCCAUGACAUCCUGAACACCUUACUCGAGCGGAGCACGUUUUAUCCUCCAGAGGUAAAGCUAUUUCAAGCCGUCCUUGAUUGGUGCCGAUUCAAUUCAGAAAAAGGGGAUAAAUCCGAAGAGCUGUUCAAUAAGAUACGCUUUACGCUGAUGUCUCGGGACGAUCUGCUGAAUGUGGUGCGGAGUGCUAAUGUGCUCAGCCAGAGCCGUCUGCUGGCUAUACUGGCUGAGAAAGAAAGGUUAACAAAGUUGCCUUAUCGUGCAACACCCUGUAAGCAUACAUUAUGGAACGGUAGUUGCAUGUGAACUGAUUCACCAUUUCUAUUUGCAGUGUUAGAGCGGACUAUAACAAUGAAUGGGAUUACAUGGUACAAUUCGUCCUCGGCUUCAAUAAUGGGAGAGCUCGAUUUGGGUAAACAUUUCCUAGCCAACAGCAUUCGAGUGGAAUUAUUUUUUUUCAUCGCACACCAUUAUCAUCGAGUAAAGCCUGUCAUACAAGUUUCAUCCGAUAAGCAGCGUUGGAGCAAAGGUGUCGAAUGUGGAGUAUCCUCUAAACAUGAGAUCGUAGUCCAUUUUCCCAUUAUGGCUCUUUGUUUUAUUCAUAUGUUGCAGGUUCAUGAAAGGUAUGAAUUUGGAGUAGUUAAAAUCUUGUCCUUUAGCUGUACAUGCAAGGCAGGUAAGCAAUGCUGCCAACAGUAAUAGAUCUCUGAUACGUUUAAAGUGAGUGGUUUGUCCUUUUGGUUUGCCCUUUUAGAUAUCAAUUACAAUAGAUAGAACAUUGUACGGUCAAAUAUAAGGGAACAUCAACAAAUCGAUUUAUAUCUAUUGAAUCAGAACCAAUUUCAGAGUAUUCUUUUAAACGUGAAAUUGUAUGAAACAUCGUACUUGACGUUUAAAAUGAAUUUUUAUAAGACAUACUCAACUUGAACGUGUACCAGAUUUAAUCAAAACACUCUGAAGAAUCUCAUAACUAAGC